AUGUUCGAGAAGUUCGGCAAGAUUACGCACCUGUGGACGCAGGCGCUUUGCGAGGCCCAGGCAGCCCGCAUUGCUGAGCUUGAGACGAAGACUGCGAAGCAGGAGGCUCAGAUUGCGGAGCUUCGCAUGCUGCUGGCGCGAAGUGGCACCACCCCGCGAGGCGACUCCUCCCCGCGCAGCGCGCGUCGGGCGGAGGCUGCCGGCACCCAGCCGCGGACGAGCAUCUCGCCAAAGAAAAGCCGGCAGCAAGGUUCCACGGCUUCGACAAAUGGCACAUCUGUAGGUACCGCCACAGCCGAUCGGUCGCGCGAAGGUGAUGGCCUGGCGGUCUGCGCAGCGCAGAUCCGCGGCCAGGCAGGCGCAGGCUCACCUGGCCCACCGCCGCAGCGAGCGCAGGUGAUUGCUGAAGCAGCCGUGGUGGCUUCGCAGCCAGCGCCCCUGGCACAAAGCUCUGGUCCACCGACCCGACAUCCGGCAGGUCUUCUCGCAUCACCGUGCCAGGACGGCCGACAGGCUCUCUUGACGCCAAGGUUGGCACCCCCGGUCGCAGUGGUGCAGGAGGUGGCUCAUCCGUGCGACUACCCAGGGCUGCUGUCGCCAGCCUACGGGAGUAGGUCCAUCUUCGCCCAAGCACCUUGCGCGUCACCCAGGGUUCCGCCGGCGUCGCCUUCAGGCUCCAUGCUGAUGCCGUCGCGCGCCUCGCUGGUGCCGGGCGGAUCCCUGCACGUGGCCCCACCCUUUGAGCAGAGGACGCCUUCUCCGUGCGGGGUGGUCUCUGGCGGCUCUCUCCGAGUGAUUCCCAACAGGGCCCAAGCUGUCUCUACGAUCCAUCUGCCGCCCAGGCGAUACUCGCCGCCGUCUCCUACCGCAGGUCCCCGACUGGUGAACUCGUGGUCGAGCGGCUUGGAGGUGGCCGAGAGUGAGGCGAAGUUCUCGCUGCUGUGGACGCCUGGCGCAACGGCCGUCACCUACGCCUCUGCACCCCGUGCGGCGCGAGUACCGGAAGUACCUCCUCAGGAGCCCGUCACGACCCAGCCCAUCCCGGCUAAAGGAGAGGCGACCCCCCAACCGCAGGAGCGAGCCCGGCCCUUCCGCAAUGCCCGGGAGAUGAGGCGCCCGGCGAUGACUGACUGA